CUCCCAAGUCCCCUGUCCUUUUUCUGCACUGCCACCAAUCACAAAGUCAUCCCAGUCUACCAUUUUCGUUCAAGAUCUGCAUACCGAUUUCUGUCGGUGAUUCCUCUCUCUCUCUCUCUCUCUCUCUCUCUCUCUCCCAUUAUUGAUUUCAUUUCCCUGCUCUAAGUGUGACUUGUCUUCUAAUCUUAAUCAGCAAUUUCACUUUCAGACAUUGAAUUUAUUUUUGUUGGACUUGUAUCGAUUUAUGCGCUUUUACUAUCGUAGAUCAACGUUAUCUUUGUUUCCCCUGUCUUAGAAUCUGGAAAUGAACUCAUUUUUCUAGUUCUUAUUCUUUAGCAAUGGCCGCAUCUUCCUCUGUUACCUCUACAACUCUUUAUUUGCCUCUCUAGAUUAGAUUGUCAAAGAUCUACUAAAUUUUUCCUUAAAACAUCAUAAUUAACUCAAAACCUCAAAGGGUCACAAAUGUCUUCGAUUCGGAUCGAUUCCACUAAGCAAUUAGCCACGAGUAGUCUCGUCUUGGGUUACGCUCUCUGUUCAAGCUUGCUUGCUGUGAUUAACAAGUUGGCCAUUACCAAAUUCAACUACCCUGGUCUUUUAACUGCAUUGCAGUACUUGACCUCUGCAUUGGGUGUCUGGGUUUUGGGCAAAUUAGGAUUUUUGCAUCAUGAUGCCUUCACAUAUGAGACUGCCAAGAAGUUUUUACCUGCUGCUAUUGUUUUCUAUCUUGCAAUCUUUACAAAUACCAAUCUCCUGCGCCAUGCCAAUGUGGAUACUUUUAUAGUGUUCAGAUCCUUGACACCCCUUUUGGUUGCUGUUGCUGAUACUGUGUUUAGAAAACAACCAAUCCCAUCCAAGCUUACUUUCUUGUCCUUGUUUGUCAUUUUGGGUGGUGCUGUUGGGUAUGUUGCCACCGAUUCUGCUUUUACUUUAACUGCCUACUCUUGGGCAUUUGCUUAUUUAGUAACCAUCACUUCGGAGAUGGUUUACAUCAAGCACAUUGUGUCAAAUGUUGGGUUGAACACAUGGGGUCUUGUGUUGUACAACAAUUUGUUGUCGUUGAUGAUUGCUCCAGUGUUCUGGAUUCUCACAGGAGAGUAUAGUGAGGUGUUUGCUUCUUUAGGAUCAAGGGCAAGUUGGUUCGAAUUUGAUGCCGUUUUUGCAGUUUCCUUGUCCUGUGUGUUUGGUUUGGCUAUUAGUUUCUUUGGAUUUGCGGCAAGGAGGGCGAUAUCUGCAACAGCAUUCACUGUGACUGGUGUAGUUAAUAAGUUUCUUACAGUUGUGAUCAACGUGCUCAUAUGGGAUAAGCACGCCAGUCCAUUUGGUUUGCUUUGCCUACUCUUCACACUUUGCGGAGGUGUUCUCUAUCAGCGCUCGGUUACUAGGCCUGGAGCUGAGCCUGCUCCUAAGCAGACAAACAAUGAAAAUGAUGAUGAUGAAGAGACUCAACUUGUUAAAAAAACUGAUGGUGAUGAGGAGAACUGAGGGAAGAGCACAUCUGGUAAACAUGCUUCUGCAUGACAACUAUUAUUCCACAUGUUUUCAUAACCUGUUUAGCUUGGAUGAUUAUUUGAAGAGGUUUAUUGUGAUGCUUGAAGGCUUUAUCUCUAGUACUACAGAUUAAAGAGUAUCGUAGUUGUAUUAGAAAUUUUGAAGGAAUUUGUCCUUACACUACACAUCUUUGUUUUAUCUGCUUUGUUAUAUGGUAAUGCUUUGGUCUUUUAUUAACAGUU